AUGGUUACUUAUCUUGAAUUUCUUGAUCUUUUUGAUAAAAAUACUCAUGACGAGCUUAAGAUGACAACAAAAUAUGGCAGUGUUGUAUCAAUAUUGUUAACAGUCGUAAGUUCUAUAUUAAUAAUCACAAAUGUGGCUCUUUACAUUAAUCCGCGAAUUUACCGUGACUUAUCUGUUAAACCGUCGGUCACUAGUGCUUCAGAAACCAUAAAUAUCUCGUUAACAAUCAAAAUUGCAAUGCCUUGCUAUUUCUUACAUAUAGACUACAUGGAUUCACUUGGAUUUCAGCGCUCAUACAUAAAGAAUACAGUUACUUUUAGAAGAUUAAAUAAUUUGGGUCGUGUAAUCGGAUAUACAAACGAUACUUUGAGUGAUGUUUGCGAACCAUGCUACAAUCUCUCUACCAAUCCUGAUGAGUGCUGCAAUUCAUGUUUAAAAGUCCAGCUUUUGUCUCUUAUGCAAAAUAAACCAGUCGACUUUUCAAAAUACAGAGUUUGUAACAACUACGAAAAGAAACCAAAUGUUUCUCUUUCAGAAAAAUGCCUUGUUAAAGGAAAGCUUACGGUAAACAGAAUUCCUGGUUCAUUUCAUAUCGCUCCUGGAACGAACGUUCCACAAUCUGCUUAUUUGCAUGAUCUAUCUUCAAUGCAGAUGUUCCAUGACAUGACACAUUCUAUCCAAAGAUUACGUUUUGGACCACAUAUCCCAAGAACAUCAAAUCCACUCGAUAACUUCAAGAGUUUUCAACAAAUUCCAACUCACGAUCGCACAUAUUUCUAUAAUCUUCUUAUUACUCCUGUCAUUUUCUACCGUGAUGGCGUUGAAUAUCUCAAAGGUUACGAAUACACAGCUUUUUCAGAAGCUAUUGACACAUUCCAACUCUUUGGAAUAUCUCCGGGCCUGUUCUUUCAAUACCAGUUCACUCCUUACACAAUUGUCGUUUCUGCAAAUAGACAGAACUUCCUUCAAUUCAUUAGUAAUACAUUUGGCGUAAUUAGCGGUAUAUACGCAUGUCUGUCUAUUUUAGAUAAGCUAAUUGGAGAGGAUAUCGGCUCAAACGUUGUUGAAAUCGGAUAA